CAUCACUCAUCUCCCUCAAACCCCCUUCUCGCACAACAAAUCCCUAAUUAAUUACCUAAGCAAUACACCAAUGGCUGAUUACAGUCGAGGAGGAGAUCGCCGAGGUCAACAGGACCAGCAUCCGAUUUCUUACCAGAUCUUAAAGGCGGCCGCGGCUGCUUCUAUAGGUGGAUCAAUGCUACUCUUAUCAGGACUGACGCUUACCGGCACGGUGAUCGUGCUCACGGUGGCGACGCCGCUUCUUGUGAUCUUCAGCCCGGUGCUCGUGCCCGCAACGAUCGCCGUCGUGCUAAUCGUUGGUGGGUUUCUGAUAUCGGGAGUAUUCGGCGUUGCUGCCCUUUUGUUGCUUUCGUGGAUGUAUAGGUACGUCACGGGGAAGCGCCCCGUCGGCGCCGACGAGAUUGAUAAAGCUCAGGCUACUAUCGCGUCCAAGGCUCGCGAGUAUAAGGAAUCGGCGCAGCACCGGAUCGAGCAGGUCACGUCUUAAAUAUAUGUAGAAUCUCAUCGUGUUUCUUCUGCUUUCCGUGGGUCUAGGGUUUUACCUGGUCGGUUAUGUGGAUCGUAAGCGCAGUGCUUGUCUAGAUUUUUAAGAGCCGUUCUCGUGCUACACUGUGGUGUUUUAGUUUUGUAUGAAAAUAAAACAGUCAUAUUUAUCAUGUGGUUGAAUAUUCGGAGUAAC